CCACUUCCCCCCCUCCCACAGAUCGCUCCUCAGUCAGGGGUUAUAAAGCCUGAGCCACCGUCCUGGGAGGCACGGAAGAAGCUCAACCUCCUCUCAGGUGUCUCUGUCUGUCCAACAAUCAUGAAGGCUGUUGCUCUGAUCCUUGCUCUGGCAGUCAUUGGCUGCAAUGCCCGCUCCGUGCGCCAGGCCGACGCCUCCGGCGCAGACGGCUGGGUGGGCAGCGUGGAGGCUUUCUCCAGAUACAUGUCUGAGAUGAGCCAGAAGACUGAUGGAGUCCUCGUCACCAUGAAGGACUCUCAGCUCCGGCGGGAGCUCGAGACGCUGAUCAGCGACACCAUGGCGGAGCUGGAGGUCUACAGAGACGACAUCCAGAACAAACUGGCCCCUUUCACCCAGACCUCCGCCAGCCAGAUGACUGAGGACAUGACUCUUCUCUUCGACAAACUGCAGAGGGACAUGAUCGAGGCCAAGGACCGCCAGCUCGAGUACCUGGGUGAAUUCAAAGGAAUGGUGGAGACCAACACCGACGACAUCCGUAAUAAAAUCACUACCUUCACCAACAAGUUGAGCAAGCGCCUCCGCAAGGACGCCAGUGAGAUCAGAGAGACUGCGUCCAUCUACAUGGGCGAGAUCCAGUCCCGCGCCUCCCAGAACCUGCAGAGCGUGAGAGACCAGGUUGAGCCCUACGUCCAGCAGGUCGGCGACAGCGGGAGCAAGAAGCUGAGCGACAUCUCCGCCCUCCUGCAGUCCCAGACCGAAGGGCUGGGCGAGCAGCUGCAGGCCCAGGCCGAGGGCCUGAAGACCCAGCUGGAGGCCACCGCGCAGGAGCUGCGCACCUCCCUGGAGGGCAAGCUGGAAGAGCUGACGCAGAUGCUCUCCCCCAUGGCCGCCAAGCUCCGCGAGCAGGUGGAGACAAUGGUGGAAAAGGUCACCGAUGUCGCCUCCUCCUAAAGAAAGACUGAAGGCUUGUAGGUGGUCGGUGGUUGGAGGAGGAAUGCAAAGGCCACCGACUUCCUUAAAAUCUGGUAAAGAGCGGAAGAGGGGAGUUGAGUUACUGAUGAUCUCUUCUUGUUGUGCUUUAAGUGCUCGGGAUCGGCGGGCUGACCGGAGGGGUGACGGAGAUGAGGUGCAUCUUUCACAGAUCAGCCAUCAGGCUCUUCUGCACAGUCAUCUUCUCAUUUCUCUCACAGGCUCCUGAUCUCUGAACACAAGUCACCAGGGCUUCAUUACACAAAACAGGAGACUAUUAUUUACAAUACGCUUUGCUUUUCUACUUAAGAAUUAACAGUCAUACUGUCCAAAACAUGUUCAUUACAUUUUGUUUGGUUCUAAUGUGUGUCUGUGUUUGAGCCUCAGGCAUUUCCUCAAGUAUUUGUACCAAACACGUCUCUGUCAUUUCAAUAAAUGCACUGAUUGACGAUCAGGUCACACACACCAAAUGUAUUAGUUUUUUUUUUUUUAAUAGAAAGUGAUGCUAAAACACCAAAGUGUCCCGGUGUGUGUCGUCCAUGUGCCUCACAAAGAGGGUGGAAUGUAAAAACGCUGAACCUCGCUGUGAAAAAUGACCAUCAGUGAGUGAAAUGUAAAGCCGCCUGUCUGCUCUUCCCAUCGUCUCACAUGUCAUAAGCCGACCAUGCUGCUCUCUCGACGUGCGCUGCCUCUUCCUGCAGUGCUGAACUGUGCUGAGUGAAUAAAGAACUUAAAACCCU